AUGAUUUACAAGCUUAAAUUACGAAAAUAUUUGUCAACGUCUCAAAACUUUCAAGCCAACCAACCAUUCGCAACUAGUUGUGGAAUAAUGUCACAUGAACACAUCAAAAUAAGGACUUCUACAGUUCUACUUAGCGAUGGAUCUUUGAAAUCCAAGGAAAAGCAAUUAUUUAUUCUCCUUUGUAAAUGA